AUGUUCAAGCUGGUGGUGUUGUCAGUUGUGUUGGCCGUGGCGGCCGCUAAGCCUAGUGGGUUUGGCCUGGCUCCGUGGGGUGCUCAUGGUUGGGGAGCUCACCUGGGCGUCGUAGCCGCAGCUCCUUGGGCUGCACCUUUAGCUGCUCCCGUAGUAGCUGCGCCUCUCGCUCACGCCGGACCAGCUGUAGCAGUCGCUGCUCCUCUUCACGGUGCCGCCUACAACUACAGAGGCCCCUUGUCGCUUGCUCCUGGACAGCCUGCUAACAUCGUAGCGCAUGACGGGAGGCCUCUUGACACUCUUAGUGUAAAUGUAGAUCGUGCGCUGCACUACACUGCAAAAGCUGUAGAUGCCCAUAGUGCUCAUGGUGUACAUGGUCAUCUUAUAGGUAAGCGUUCCGCUCCUCUGUUGGUGCCUGCAGCAUGGUCCCAUGCCGCUCGUAUCGACGUGCCCGCUCUUGGUGUCGGCCAUGCUGCUUUCGGCGUCCCAGCUGUGGGACCUUGGCAUGCAUCUGUUGCGCCACAUGGUUGGGGUCUGGGACACGCCGGCCAUCUCGCACAUCAUUGGUGA